AUGGAUGGCUUCGGGAUGAAUCAGGGCGACGACGACGACGCCGACGAUGGAUCGGAUGGGUGGAUAGAUCGAAGACAAUCGGGAUGGAUUGAUCUCAAGCAAUCGAUAAUGAUUAAAGGAUGGAUGGUUGGAACAAUGGAAAUAGAAAAUCCAAAGUAUGCUGAAAGCUGUGAUGGAACAAAUUCUGGGCAGUGGAUGGGAUGGGCAAGACGAUCACGAUGGGUGGAUUCGGGAUGGAUCGGGACGAUGGACGACGACGACAAAGGAUCGGAUGGAUGGAUGGAUCGACGACGAUCGGAAUGGAUAGUUCCGGGACAGGUCGAGAUGGAGAUGGACAGCUGA